GAGUGGCCGGGACGAUUCUCUGCUCAAGCAGCCACCUCACGUGACCACUCUUAGGCAUGGCAAAAGAAUUACAUAUCAUCGAAACUCACUGAAGCGAUUUCCAUCUAGUUUCAAUAGCGCACACUUUCUCCCAAAGACAAAUGAUCAUGGCUCGGAUUUUGCUCGGAUUCUUUGCUGUGGGUGUGUGAUCCACGACCGUAUCCUGUGACCAAGCACCUGCCAGAUCAGCUGUCAGUUUGGACUUCUCAACAUUGCCUAGGCAAUACGGUUUCGCCCCAGGAAACACCGAUUAACCCAAUAUUUCCCCGGCAGAGGUCAUUCCUUCAUCCGAAGCUCACAAACAGGGUCGGGUGUCGUAUCCAUGUGCUAUACGGACUAAUGUCGGGUUGGGCACUGUCACUGGUUCCUUACCUAGGGUUUCCGUAGCGUGGCUAUAAGAGAUGAUGAUAGACAUGGUCGCGGCGCGCAGUAUAUUCGCCGCCAGUAUCGGUUUACUCUGGUCAAGCUCUCUUGCAUCAGCACUCUCCUGGAACGCGACUAAGUACAUGUUUGUGUUCGGAGACUCGUACACCACCGAUGGAUACAACGUCUCUGCUGGUAUCAACUCGCCAGUCCCAGGAUAUACUUCAUCGAAUGGCCAAAACUGGGUCGAAUUUUUGACUGGCACAUACAACCAAACGGCCGUGAAGACCUUUGACUUGGCGUCCGGCGGUGCGACCAUCGAUGCAGCCCUCGUUCCACCUUACCUACCUACUGUGCUCUCUGUGGUGGAUCAGGUCACUCAAUUCAACAACCACCUGGCCUCCAGGCCCGCUGGCGCUACAUGGAACGGUACAAACAGUCUGUUUGCGUUUUGGAUUGGUAUAAACGACGUCGGAAACUCUGUCAGCUGGACGAACAUCACUCAAUCCGAGUUCUAUGAGAUUCUCAUGGACCGUCUGUUUUCCCAGGUCGAGGACCUGUAUUCAAAAGGAGCUCGAUCGUUCUUAUUCCUCACUGUCCCACCUACCAACCGCGCACCCCUCUUCCUCGAGCAGGGUACUAAGGCUGCAGCGCAGAUGGGGUCUGAUAUUGCUGAGUACAAUGCGAAGCUCACGCAAUCUGUGCGCACCUUUCAAUCGAAGUACCCGGACCUUGACACCGUCACCGUGGUUGACACUCAGCCCAUCUUCAACGCCCUGCUUGACGAGUGGCAGACUUUCGGAUUCGUAAACGUCACUGGCUACUGCGCAGCUUACGAGAAUGGCACUCCCACUCCCACUUACCAGGUUGAGGGUUGCGCACCCGUGUCGAGCUACUUCUGGCUCAAUACUCUGCACCCGGUGUUCACUGUUCACAACAUUCUGGCAAAGGUGGUCUCCACCGCUCUUAGUGGGUACCCUGCCACACAGAUCCCCACUUAAACUUGAAGCGUUUUUUCAUGGUUUUCAAUGCAAUCCAAAAUGUCCGAUUGAGACAUUGAGCGUGCUAUCUCAGCCAUUUUGACAAUAUUAAUGUUAAGACAGCCAGGAGUUAGUGGAC